GAUUCUGAACAACAAUUAUUAAAGAGAGAUCGUACACAUAAAGUAGUACUUAAAAGGUUGGACAAUAUUGAAGAUACCAAUAAAAGUUGGUAUGAUGAGGUCGUAUCACAUUUAACAAUAAGCAACAAAUGGAGUAGCAUUGUUCAUUGUUUUGGUUUAACUCGAGAACCCUCAAAAGGUGAUUAUAUGCUUGUAAUGGAACAAUUAGAUACAAAUUUAAGAAAUUAUUUAAAACAAAAUUAUAACAAACUUACAUGGAAUGAUAAAAUUAAAAUAGCUUAUGAUAUAAUUGUUGCACUUUAUUAUGUUCAUAAGGAGGAAUCGAUUCAUAGAGAUUUGCAUUCAGGAAAUAUAUUAUAUUCACAAAAUAAUGAUUAUUGGUACAUUAGCGAUCUUGGAUUUUGUGGUCCUGUUAAUAAACCAUUAGGGGCCGUAUACGGAAACCUUCCAUAUAUAGCACCCGAAGUUAUUAUUGGUAAAGAAUAUUCUUAUGCAUCAGAUAUUUACGGUAUUGGCAUGCUCAUGUGGGAGAUUUCAUCCGGACAACCUCCUUUUACCAAUUUAGAUUAUGAUUAUAAUCUUGCAAUGAAUAUUGUUGAUGGUAUGAGACCAAUGAUAGUAUCAGAAAUUCCUUUAGAAUAUAAGGAAUUAAUGGAACAAUGUUGGAAUGCUUAUCCAAAAGAAAGACCUGACAUUAAAAUUUUAAAGAAUAAAAUAGAUUACAUAAAAAAGUCUUAUUAUCAUAACGAAACAAAGAAUAUUGUCAAAGACAAUAUUAUUAAACCUAAUACUGAUAGCAACAAAAUAUAUACAAGUCAAGUUUAUGAAUUUAAAAAUUUUCCGGAACCGAGGAACGCAGCAGAAGAGGAACAAAAAGGUAUUUAUUUACAUAUGCUCAAUUCGAAUUCGAUGUAAAAACCAAAAUAUUAUUUUUUAAUCUUAUAUUGUUGUUGA